AUGUCUUUCGAUGCUCCAUUUCAGUUGUCAUCCAUCCACGAUACUAGCCUCGUCGGUUCUCUUCACACAGAGCUCAACAGAUGGCAAGAUCCACUGUCCAAUUGCCCGAUGCGCCCAAUGACAACAGUGCGGACCUGGUCACCUAUGUAUGUUGAAUGCUGUCGAAAGGGCAGCGGAAAUGAUUAUGGUCUGGGUAGUAAGGAUCACCGGUCUCUAGGAGACACGUACCAGUAUUUAUGGGUUGUUUUACUAUUACAGAUCAAUGACACUUCUACAAGCCGAAUUACGAUUGGAACGACGGCUCAAUACACACCCAUCCAUAUAUUUGCCCAUCGCGAUCGCCCCCAUUAUCAGGAUCAUUUCCCGAUUCCUACCUUUGUCCCUACCCUCUAUGUGAAUCAUAACCCAUUAUUCCUCUCCAUCGGUCAUGUUUUACGGAUCUAUGUUGCAUCCCUCAUGGGAGGAAUUCACAGGAAAGGUUGA